AUGGCGGCAAAUGCCGAGAGGAUGAUGGUGGAGCUGAAAUCGGUUACCAAUUUUACAAGCCUAAAUGACGUCAACCAAAUAAAAAUAAAUGGAAGUAAAUACGUGAAUACGACUGUUGGGCUAUCUCCUGGAACACACACUGAACAGUAUGCCACAAAGAUGACAAAGAGGAAGGCCAUGCAAGAGAAGUCACAACUACCAUCAAUGAAACGCAGGAGAAUGAUCCUUAAGCAAGAGCGUGCUAUUGUUCAGAGUUCAUCAGAAGUUCUUGAGGGAAUUUCGUACCAAUCAGGUAUUGGACAUGAUGCUGAUACUGAUAUUGAAAGUUUACCAGAUGCCAUACCGAGGGGCAUUUUUAAGCCCAUUAGUUUGAGGGAAGGAGACGUUGCAUCCUUUGUUACAUUUUACUUGGAAACUACUGACCUCAUUCAUGGACGAGUAUUUUCUCAUAGUACACAAAUGGCAGCCUAUGAACGUCAUUCUAGAGCAACUUUUUCUGUUUAUGUGACACCAAGAUUGCAAAUAUCAAGUUCUGCACAGCAAGUAAUUGGCAUAGCUAUGAAUAGUUCCAACUGUAUGACUGUCAGUGGUAGACCCGUAGAUGCUUUAGGGGUACAUGACGCAUUUGAUAGUUUCAUCAAAUGGAUCAAUACAUUUCCAAAUGCAGUGUUGAUUUCCCAUAAUGGACGAAGGUUUUACUUUCCUGUACUUAUGAAUACCAUUAUGAAUAUUGGUCAACUAAAUGAGUUGUUUGGCAGUGUAUGCGGGUUUAUUGACUCACUUUCAGUGUUUAGAAAAGUGUAUCCAGAAAGAAAAUCAUACAAAAGCAAACAAGACGAUUUAGUAAAUUCACUAUUGAACACAAGUUAUGAUGCUCACAAUGCAAUUGGUGAUGUCAACGCCUUAGGAAAAUUGAUUGGGCAUUUGACGCUUUCAACACAAGAGCUUAAAUUGUAUACAUUUUCGUUACUGGCUAAUAUGUAG